GGUAGAGGGCAGUAGUACGCCAAUAGGUAAUCUUACCAACGAAAAGAAGAAGUCUAUCUUAUUUGCCUUCUUCCGGUGUUAAAAUAACAUACAGUUGAUUUGGCAAGAUAGCACACAUAAAGUUGCUGUUCGGCCCAUGAUGUCUGUGGCCAAGAGUCCAACGUGUCCAGGCCUUUACUGUGGCAGACUGAUAAUCAAUGGAUCGGUGGAGGGGGAGUGUGGUCAGGUUUGUCCCCGUGGAGAACGAGCCAACAUUCAAAAAGUGUGUGAACUCUGUACUGGAUCUCCCGAUCUCUAUGACUGGCUGUAUCUGGGCUUCAUGGCCAUGUUACCUCUGGUACUUCACUGGUUCUUUAUUGAGUGGUACUCUGGAAAGAAGAGUUCCAGUGCUCUGCUGCAGCAUGUGACAGCUAUGCUGGAAUGCAGUCUGUCAGCUGUAGUCACUCUGCUGGUCACAGAACCAGUGGGAAUGUUCAGUAUCCGUUCCUGUCGAGUUCAGAUGCUUUCAGAUUGGUACACCAUGCUGUACAACCCCAGUCCAGACUAUGUCAACACAUUACACUGCACACAGGAAGCUGUCUACCCACUCUACACAAUUGUGUUACUCUACUAUGCAUUCUGCUUGGUACUGAUGAUGCUGCUGCGUCCUUUGUUGGUGAAGAAAAUGGCAUGCGGUCUGGGCAAAUCUGACCGUUUUAAGAGCAUCUAUGCGGCUCUGUACUUCUUCCCCAUCCUCACUCUUUUGCAGGCUGUCGGAGGAGGACUGCUCUACUACGCAUUUCCUUACAUCAUACUGGUAAUGUCUUUGGUCACACUGGCUGUGUACAUGUCUGCCUCAGAGAUUCAGUGUUUUAAGAAUCUCAUUGCCAAGAAGAAGCGUCUGGUUGUCCUGUUCAGUCACUGGUUGCUCCACGCUUAUGGCAUCAUCUCUAUCUCCCGAUUGGACAAGAUGCACCAGGACCUACCGAUGUUGGCCCUAGUGCCAGGUCCUGCCCUGUUUUACAUCGCCACAGCCAAGUUCACUGAGCCCAGCCGCAUCCUGUCUGAGAGCGGCAACGGACACUGAUCUGGGUUAAGAAGGAAUUCAGCAGGAAUUCAGUAGAUUAAUAUUAAAUACAUUUUUUGUUCUCCCACCAAAGUAGACAAUGACAGUGGGUGACGCCAUGCUACCACUGUUCAAAAUGAUGUUUUUCAAAUGCGAUAUUUAGUUUUACAAACAGUCCAUAUCCAGUUGGAGAGUCAAUGUACAGUGAUACAAAACGAAGAAACCACUGUAAAGAAGCUGAAAACUUAUUUGACUUAGUCACAUACUACAGAUUCUGUUUUGGGAUAAUUAAGCAAGAUAAAAUAUACACAUACAUUAUAACCACCUUCCCAAAUUUUGUGUAGGUCUUCCUUAUGCAUUCAUAACAGUUCAAUGGGUCUUCUGAGAUUGUCCUGUGAUGCCUGGUAACAGAAUGUGAAUUUGGAGGCCAUGUCAACACCUUGUGCUGUUUUUCUUGUUUUUUUUUUUUUUUUUUUCAUUCUUUCUAAAAAUGUUUUGUAUGUGACUGUGUCAGGCUGCAUCCUGCUGGAGAUGGCUGCGGCCAUCGAGGAGUGACAUUGCUAUGGGGUGGGGGUACAUGUCUAAGUAACAUCCACAUGAAUGCCAGGUCCAAAAGUUUCCCAGUAGAACAUUGGAUUGUCACAAGACGCUCACUGUUAUUUACUCAACAGUAGUCAUAAGGUUAUUCCUGAUUGGUGUAUGUAACUGCACAUAUCUGUUAUUGGACUUGUGUGGCUGUAAUUUCUCAGAUUUCCUUUUAAUGUGAAACUGUCAGUGCUAUCUGUUUUGUAAAUAUAUGUAUCCUUGUGAAUAUUCUGUAAGAUUUGCUUCAUGUACACAAGCUCAAAUUGCAAGUUAAGAUUUCACUUUGAAAAACAGUGCCCUUAAGUUCAUAAAGCCUUUACUUGGAUAA